AUGGACCUUAGACCUAAAAUGAUGAUGAUGUCCAUAGCAAUUAUAGGAGCAUCUGCAUUCAAUGCCCUCUUCGGUUGGAUCGCUUACCGUACGACUGCUGACACUGCUGGAGUCUGGGUGUGGCCGAAUUCCAUCGCAUUUGAUUUGUGUAUCACAUCAUUGCUGUCGUUUGGCAUCACGUGGAUGCUGUCACCGACGGCGGCGAUGCGAGAUAUAGUGAUGCGUCAAAGCGAUAUGGAGGCAGCUGAGAAUGGCACUGGUCGGAGGAAUUCUACUCACGAUAUUUCUGUCGAUCCCCGUGGCAUGUUUGAUGAUGAUACCUCCAACUCCAUGGACUAUACCAAGACUGGUAAGUCGAUUCUGAGAUGUUGCAAGGCGUAG